UUUUCUUUUUUUUCGUGAGCCUUGUUUUUCUGUUGCAACUGCUAGGUUUAACUUCCUCAACUCCCUAGGACCCACAUGGCGAACCAAGAUUCGACAAUGUGGGUUCCCUUUUCAAGCAUCCCUUAAUCAUCAUCUCCUUUUCUGUUAUAAAAUCCCUCUCUCUUUCUUCUCAAGUCCUGCAGGCACCAUAGCAUAUUACUACCACUUGCUACCUACCAUCUUGGUUGAUUUUCUCUUCUUCGAUUUUACUCUCUGUUUGUUUGUUAAAUAGAUUCUGAUAUAUGGAAGACUUCUCUAUUAAUCAUUCAUCAAUGAAUAAAGCUGUUUCGGUCUCUCCAGCUGAGGAGAGCGGGUGGACAUCUUAUUUUGAAGAUUUCUCUAACCAUAAAGAAGAAGAUCAUAGUUUAUGCUCUAGUACUUUUGAUAGCUCCUCAAUGGUUUCUGAUGCUGCUUCUUUUCCUCCAUGGAAAUCAUCUCAUGCUGUUGCCUGCUCUUCCAUCAGUGGGGGUUUGCCGAAAGAGUUAACUUUCAAGAAAACAAGAACCAAGGAAAUUUCUCUUGAUGAUUCCUUGGAGGAUACUGCUAGUUCUCCUGUUAAUAGCCCCAAGGUUAGAGAUUUGAGACCGAUAUUAGAGAAUCCCACGAAAACAAAUGAUCAAUAUUUUAACAGUUCUCUGGGUAAUAAAGAAGGCAGUGGUUUAGAGCAAUAUGCAGAAGGGCUGGAAACAAGUGAAAGAUGUGAAAUAAUCUUCAGUAGUGGGAAGAAUGACUGCAUAGAUUUGAAGAAGAGAGGGUUGUGCUUGGUUCCUUUGUCCAUGUUAGUUAACUAUCUGGGUUAAACUCAUAUAAUAUCUCUCUCUAUGUUUCGUGUCCUCCUUGCAGCAGAACUGUUAAUUAUCAAGCUGUGUCCGAAGGAAAUUGUAGUUGAUGACCAAGUAAUCUAUCUGUCUAUCUCUCUCUCUCUCUCCCCCCCUCCCUGUCUUUCUUCAUCUGUAAAAUCUAGUCCAAAUCUUCCGUAUUGUAUAUACUCAAGAAACAAAGUAGAAAACAAUCUUCAGCAAA